AAAAAAAAACAAAUCGAAACGUUCCCUUCCUCGUCUGAUGGCUACUCCAACGCCCGGCCAAGGGCUUCCUGGAUCAAAUAAACAUCCGCCUUUACAAGCCAGCGGCGCCUCGGGACUGACACCUUCGUCUCUAGGAAGUCAGCAACAUCUGUCAGCAUUUUCCUCUCCAUUCCCCUCGCAUGCAGGCAAAACGGCGCCUUCACCGGCUACUGCACAUGCGUCUAUUGCGGGCGGCGCGGGUGCAGGAAAGUCAGUGCCCUCGCCGGCAUACCCUUCAGGGCAUCCUUCGACGGGAGGCAAGUCUGCACCGUCACCGGCAGGAAUGACCGCGCAUCCUUCUCUUGGGGGGAAAUCAGCGCCGUCGCCAGCGAAUCUAUCCGCCUACCCAUCUAUUGGCGGGAAAUCAGCCCCAUCUCCAGCCAGUCAUUUCGCCCAGCGUGGUCAUAAGCAUGCUACAUCUACUCCGAAUGCUGCAGCUCUCACAUUUGAUUCGCCUUCUGCUGCUGCAUCUUUGGGACUAAAUCUCGCCGGCAUCGGAACACCGAGUGGAAUGGGAGGGCUUGUAAACGCCAGAAGCGAUGAAGAGGAGAGAGCAAGACGAAUUGAAGCUAUUCUACAACUUCUUAGGUCUCGUCCGGGCAGGGUCAGCGAAGAAGCCGUGGAAAGACUGGCCAAGCGAACUGGGUUGGACUGUCUAUGGGAAGAAAAGACACUGAGCAUUGCCGGAAGUGCACUGCUCGUGGAUCUUGAUUUUCAAAAUCAUAUUGUCGACCGCGUUUCGCUCUCCCUCCCAGGAUCCUCUGACGCCGUGUCUGUUCAUGCGCCCAAGGCCUCUGCAAUUCUUUACAAGGACCUUAAGCCCGAAGACGGCUCAUCGAGUCCCAUAAAUACUACAUUAAAUAAGUUUGCGGACAACUUGGAGAGACUGGCAAAACUCGACAAACUUAGUACCCCUGAAGUCAAUUGCUUUGAGGCGAUCGCAGGGGUGUAUACGAGUUUACGAAGGAUAUUCGAGCAUGAAAAGAAGCAAUCAGGGCAGGAAGCUGGCGAGAAGAUGAAUCCCGACGAAGAAGUCGAGCGGCUGGUCAUGUGUGAAAAGAGCGGCCGGCCCAGGAUGCACGCUGGAAAGCGUGUAGGACUGGCCCUGGAAUACUGGAUGGAUCGACGCCGCGUGUCUACGUCGCGGAAGCGAAAGGCUGAGUCUGGAUCUGACGAAAUGGACAUUGACAGCAUCGAAAAGAGUCGCAACAAAGCUCAUGACGGAACUUCCUACGAUGGAAAUAUAUGGUCUGCAAUUAUUGAGUGCGAACACUCCCCGGCAGAACUGUACACCCCUAUCCGGAUCUCCAAUGACUGGGUCUCACAGCGUAUUGAACGGCCAUCUGAAGAACAGGACGAACUUUUCGGCCCGGAUGGGCCGACGAUAGACUGGACUGAGCCCGCACCAACUUUCGUCUCUGGACCUGCCGCUACUCGAACUCCUGGCGCUGCUUCCAGCAGUGCUCCAGACCCCAUGGACACAUCUGGUCAGAAUAUGAGCAAGCUGCCCGACGUCCGCUUUGUGGCCCGUCUUGAGCCUCCCGUGGUCGUGCCUCUUCAAAAGGCUGUAGAAAUAUACGAUUCCGUCGGGCUGGUCAUCCCACAAGAAUCCAUUCAACCCACCACACUAGACGGGCUGAUUCUCCCGCCCGAUCCGUCUGAAGUUCACGGUGCCGUUCACGGGGAAGCAAGAUAUCUCUCCAAUUCGAGGGAAGUGUUGGGUUUUGAUGGAAGCGGAAAAGAACAGCUGAACAGACACGACUAUGCGCUCUUCGCGCACAAAUUGGAUUUUGGAAGGGUCGUGGACGAAAUCCCGUUUCGCCAUCCCAUGGAGUUGAUCAAUAUCUUGCCCAUUCUGAGACAGUAUGCUCUUACAACAACACUGUUGAAGCGCAGUUUUGAAGGCGGCAAGGGAUCAAACUGGUCUGCAACUGGUAAUGCCACCUUAGGAGCAACAGGCUCUCUCUCAGGCAGUUCAGGUCUCCCAUCAACGCAACAGCAGCAGUCGACCAACGCACGAUUACAAUUGAGCCCGGAAGACGAACUUGCCGCCCUACUGGACGGUGAAUCUCCACUAGACGCUCCAUCUGCUCUUCCGUCUUCAUCGCCUUCUCAUCUCUCCCGUUCAGAUCCAAAGUCCGCCGUACCAUCCGCCUCUUUGAAUAAUAACAGUGUGGCGGCGACGCGUCACCUAUCUAUCGAUGUAGGCCUUAGCAUGCAGCCGCAUCCUAACUUCACCCUAGCAUUUAGCAUUCCCGUUGCCAUCCCUCCUCCUCCUCCUCCUCCUUCUCCUCCUUCGCCUGCUCCGACUCGCGCAAUAUCUGAACGACUGGCAUAUGUCCACCUCAACGUCCUUCCUGACGCUGUGAUCCGCGCAUCCUAUUCUUCUGGCGCCGACUCUGCUCCGUCCUCCCGGGCAAUCAAGAAGGACAGCGAAGCUGAGGCAGACAAGAAAAGCGAAGAAACCACAUCAUCUUCCUCCCCAAAGCCCUCGCGUCCGUUGGUGUCUGAUGAUGAAAUUACACGUGUGUGUAGCGUCGCAGAGGAUUUUGGAAUCCUGGUCGAAUAUAUCAGGUGGAAAGCUCAUCAGGUUUCUUUGUCGUAGCAGCUUCCCGCUUUUUCUUCUUCUUCUUCUUCUUCUUCUUCUUCUUCUUCUUCUUCUUCUUCUUAGGGCGUGCAUUGAUUUGAGGCUCAACUGGGAAGGAUCGCGUGUCAUGGGAUUUUAAAGGGAAGUGUAUUUAUUAGAACAGAGCGUUUUGAAAAUUCAUAAAGAGCACAGUA